AGCCGGCAUUUUCUGUGGAGCAGGAAGAGGAGUAAAGAGGAGGAGAUUCGCCUUAAAUCUCUUUCCUCAUUAAAUACAACACGUUUAACCUGUAUUUUAAAUCCCGGGAAGAGACACAGGAUGGUUGUGGUGGCAGCAGGUCCCGGAGGAGCACACAAAGUGCUUCUCAUUUCUUCAUCAUCUUCCUCUUCCUCACACUCCAGUGACUCCUGUAAUGUCGCCGCUCCGACUUUAAGGAAAAGGCAAAGACUCACACAUCUGAGUCCUGAGGAAAAAGCGCUUCGGAGGAAACUGAAGAACAGAGUUGCAGCACAGACAGCAAGAGACAGAAAAAAGGCCAAAAUGGGAGAACUGGAGCUGCAAGUCCUGGAACUGGAGCAUGAAAAUCAGAAACUCCACCUGGAGAACCAGAUGUUGAGAGAAAGGACGAGCGAUCUGAUGAGCGAGAACGAGGAGCUGAGACAGAGGCUUGGGUUGGACACUCUGGUCAGGAAAGAGAAGGUGCAGGUUCAGAUGUUGGAGUCUGACGUGGGCGAUUUGGUUUUGUUGAACGGGUCUUCUGAGCGCAGCACUCAGGCUACGUGUGCCUCCGCAGCAGGUGCAGGCCCAGCAGUCAUCAAAACCGAAGAGUUCACCGUGGAUCCUAACGCUCCUGGCACUGCAGACUCUGAGUCUGAUCUCUUGCUUGGCAUUCUGGACAUCAUUGAACCAGAGCUGUUCCUCAAAGAAGCUCAGGAGCCAAACCCCACUGAGCAGCUCCUGCUGGUGGGCUCGGCCACAGGUUCGCUACCUGCCCCCUCACCUGGACCUGUGGGGGCCGCACCAGUCAAGCUGGAGGCCCUUAAUGAACUGAUCCAUUUCGACCACAUUUACACCAAACCGGUGAUGGAGGAGGAGGAGGACGAAACAGAGGGCGCCUACGAAGUGAGCAUCGCAGACGAGAACGACACGGUCAUCUUCUCGUCGUCCUCUGAAGACGAAUUGGAGGUGGAAGUGGAAACAGUGUCCAUCAAGGACGAGCCGGAGGAAAUGAUCACCCCCGUGUCCGACAACGACUCGAUCGCGGUCGACGACUUCCUGUCCGAGGCGUCCCAUUCCUUCGGAGGCUACGACAAGACGGCAUACCUGAUGUCCGACGCGUACAGUGACUCUGGAUACGAAAGGUCACCUUCCCCUUUCAGUGACAUGUCGUCCCCGCUUUGCUCCGACAGCACCUGGGAAGACAUGUUCACUAACGAACUCUUUCCGCAGCUCAUCAGCGUCUAAAAAAAAAAAAUACGUUGGUUAGGUUAAAUUUUAUUCUAGCGUACUAAGCGAUCAUUAUAUGCUUCAGCACAAAUUCUAUUCUUUUCCUCUUUCAUGAUCCCCCCCCAUUAAUCUGAAAUAACUGCCAUUUGUUUCCUGGGGAAUGGACCUUUGUGCUUAAGUGGCAAUCGGAUGAAUCUGUGAUUCAUGUUCAGUAUUUCGUGAGAUUUGUGUCUGAAAAGCUGAAGUUCAUCAGGAAAGAGUUUAAUUUUAAAAAGCUGUAUUUAUUUGUACCUUUUUUUUUCCAGAGUUCUGUAUCGUAGUCCGUCUGCUUUAAUGUUGUAUAACGUAAUUUUAUUAGCGUCCUCCUCCUGAAAUCAUUUACCGCAUUAAAAAAUGUAUGCAUCCUCA